ACCCACAAUGCAUUUGCGGAGCAGAUAAAGAGAAGCUCAAGGAAACGUAGCUCGAUCGCUAAGCGUUUGCGCUGUUGUGCACUCUGAUUACUCUCCUGGCGAAGUAGUAACGAAGUUACUCAGGUCGAUAGCUUGUCAUACAUCACUAAAGUUGAGGAAAUGUCUGCUGUCGAAGACUGUAGUGAGCUCAAAGGCGGCCAUCCUCCAGCAGUUAAGGCCGGUGGCAUGCGAAUUACACAGCACAAGCCAGCAGGUAGUACUCACGAGAAAGCCCCCGAGUUAAAAAAGGAUGACGGAGAAGAUGUUGUUGAAGAGGUUUCUCCAAGCCCUCCAAAGCCACAUCUUGUCAUUUCGGGAGUGGUUGCCAAGGGAGAUGCAGAUUUUCCUCCAGAAGCAGUACAGGUGUUCCACAACAAGCCACAACCAUCACAUGAGUAUAGGGCCUGUUCCUCCAAGCCAACUAUUAUCCAGCAGCCUAGGAAGUAGGCAUUUCUGUGCUUUGGCAGUGUAUUGUGGCUUUUGCCAGUUUUGAUGAAGUUGCUGAGAAUGUUUGCACUUUAUCAUUUGGACCAAUUUCAAUUUGUUAUUCAGUGCACUGUCACUGUUGGUGCCUCGUAAUUUUUUUUUUUUUUUGCUGUGGAGGUCUUGCUUUUGCAGGGAUAUUUUUGUUGUUUAUUUUUUCCAUUGACAACGCUGAGUUCAUAAAUUGAUUUGGGGCAAUUAUAAUCUUUGGGGCUUAUGCUUUUUUUUAUCGUUUUGUGCCAGAGCUCUUUCCAUUUCCCUGGUAUACUUUUUGAGCAAAACCUCUUGUGAGGUUUCUUGUACUACUGUUUUCAUUUGAAUAAACUUGUGGUCUUGGCACAUUA